CUCCGUUGUCAUAGCAACGUUUAUAAGCAGCUCCCCAGUUGGCCGGUGAGGGAAGCUUGUCUACGAUAAUCUAGGAGGUAUCGGUAGCAGCCACCAACAGUAAGAGGCAACAGAAGAAGACAAAGACGGGGGUGUGGUAGAGAUGUCGUCAAGAAGACCUUCUCUAGCUCCCCCAGGUAGGGACAGUAAUCCAGGAAGGGAGAAUAACCCAGGGAGAGAGAGUAACCCUGGGAGAGAUUGUAAUGCAGGGAGAGACAGUAACCCAGGGAGCACGGAUGGUCGACGACGCUCAAGUCUACGCCUUUCACAGUCACAGAUGGAAAACUCUGACGAGGAGGCGCAAGUGGAGGACGCGGAAGAUGAGGUGGAGGAAGAGGAAGACGAGGAGGAGGAAGAAGAAGACCUUUACCAGUUGGACCUCCAGUCAGCUGAGCUUUCUACCGACUACUGGCAGAUACACAAGAUGGUCAAAUAUUUGAAGGUGGGGAACGCGACCUGCACGACUAUCGCUCUGGUGGGCCUCAAAGACUGCGGCCUCCACCAGGAAGUGUGUCAAAUAGCCCUCAAGAUGGUGGGAGGGUUGGAGGUCCUCCUUAACAUUCUCCGUACCAGCAAUCUCCGAUGUAACGUGGGCGCCCUGCAGGUACUGGAGGCAGCCUGUGGACACGUCACCACCCGUGCCACGGUUCAUAAACUAGGAGGACUGCAGGUGUUGCAGGGUUUGGUGGGGCAUAGCCAGGUGGAGGUACAAGGGCUGGCGGCGUCAGUGUUGGCACAGGUAUGUGGUCUCUCCAGCGCCCGCGCUGCGCUCAUCAGGAACGACGGUGUGGCCACGCUGGUUGCUUUACUCCGCGUCGAUCCCAACACACUUAGUACAGACACGGAACUAGCGGUGGCCGUGGAGGGGGCGGCUCGUGCUUUGUGGGCGUGCAGUGUGUGUAAGAGCGGGCGGGCGGCGCUGCUGAGGGCAGGAGGUUUAGAACUAGUUGGUCGCUUGCUGUCUGUGUCACGCCCAACUCUCCUGGUGCCUGUCGUGGGUGUCAUACAUCAGUGUAUAGCAGAGGCUGUAUUCCGCGAGAGGGUGGAGGCGUCCGGGUACACUUCAGCUCUGGUGAAGCUCCUGCACUCUCCCUUCCCCCACCUGCAGGUGUUGGCCACCAAGGCCCUCGCCCGGUGCUCGGUACUGGAGGCAACAAGUGCGCGGUUGGUGCGUGAAGGAGGGUUAGAGGUGCUAGUCAGCUUGUUGACAAGGGGGGGUGAGAGUUACACAGAGGCGCUGAUAGAGAAGGACCCAGCCUUCGCCAGGGACUGUGGCCUGGUAACUGAUGCUCCAGGUGUACCCAGAUCCAGGAAGCCAUCCAUGAUGCCGGAAGGUGGAGGGAGCGUGGCGGGGACAGGUCAACCGCUGGUCAAUGCGCUGGGUGACGGAGACGGAGGUGUGGCUGAACCGGAGGCCAGCGUCCUUGGUGACCUUAACCACUACAACGCUGGAGCAGGCGCGGCCGUAGGGGACAGUGAGUUGCUGGAGGCGGUGUCGGAGGCUAUAUGGCAUGUGUCCCUCCUCCCGGAGCACGUCACAGCAGUCAAGGACCUCACUGCUGUACCUGUUCUGGUUGCUCUUCUACACCACAACGACGAAAAGGUGUUGACUAAUGUGGUGGGUGCUCUAGGGGAAGUGGCUGGUGACCCUGACUGCUGCAUGACACUGCUCCGUGGUGGAGGAGUCACCACCCUCAUCCAGCUCCUGCGACGCACAUCUGACAAACUUCUCCUCAACGUGACUCGCGCCCUUGGGUCCUGCGCUGCUGAGGAGGAGGCCCUGUCUGCUCUCCUGCAACAGGAUGGUCUGCGUCUGCUGUGGUCACACCUCAAGAACCCAAACUGUCGCGUCCAAGCCUCAGCAGCCAAUGCCAUCUGCACCUGUCUUCAACAAGAAACGGAGGGGCUGGCAGAGGUGGUAAGGAGCCUGGUUGGAGGUAUAGAGUUGCUGGUGUCGCUGUUGGAGAGUGAGAGUGAGGCGGUACUGUCCGCCGUAUGUGCCGCCAUCGCUAGGAUUGCCAGAGACCCCCAGAACCUCGCCAUCAUGACUGACUACGGCGCCGUCACCUCCCUCUCCCGCCUGGCUGUCAGGCUGAUGCGAGCUCGAGACUCUGAGUUUCCAGCACAAGGUCGACGAGGAAGACCUUGAGGAAGCGGCCAGGCAGCACUCACCACCGACGUACUAAACACAUCCAAGUUGUAGCCUCACUUAACAAAACUACUACUUACCCUUCGUCGUUUCCAACUCAUUUGACUUGAGUCCAUUUCUUUACUAUAUGGAGUUUGAUGUGUGUCUGUACCUCUGUAGUUCUAAAAUUUUUGGUGACAUGUCACUUUAGUGUGGAGUGUGCGACUAGUGGGGCUUCUUUGGCCCGAGAGGACGCUGAGCCAACCCACAUACCAGCUGACCUUCCUGACAGUUCAGGUCUGGUUUUGGUCGAGUUCUGUCUAUAACUGGAACAAAAUUUUUUUUUAAACAUUCUUACGUGAAUAUCCUUGUAAAUAUGUACAGCCUGUCUUAUGAGUAGCUUGGUAUUGUAUGAAAAGAAAAUGCUGGAACGUGUUUGCAUGGCUAUUUUUUCUCUUGUGUGUUUUACCCCUUGCAAACACCACAACCUGAAUUCUUGUAAGACUCUUUGCCUGUUAUUUCCACAGCUAUGUCAGUGUCACCUCCCUAGUUGUUGGGAGAGGUUUUUAACAAAUCUAGACGUGUUGUUGAGCCAGCUUGAGGACACAGCUGGUUGUUGUGGCUUGCUGAGUUGUGCUGUGUUUGGUCACAAAGACGUUGACACACCCUGGUCCAGGUUUCUCAGAGACUAGUAUGUAUACUUUUUCCUGUUCCAGAAAGUUUAAAACUACCAUACUUGGUUGCCAACAUAAAUAAAUGGGCCAAAAUGGCUUUGAAAUUGCAUCAAGAAUUUACCGUAAUUUGUUGCACGUUUUAUUUUCUCUUAAUUACAAGGAAAAAUGAACGUUAUAUUCUACGAGAAUGUGGGUCCUGUGUUAGCGUCCACGCUAGCCUAAGAACAACUGUUACACACCUGUACACACCUAAUUUAUUCCUUUGGCAUUACAUCAAACACUUCACAUGUUUUUACAGUAACUUUGCAUUCUUCAUUUCACCAUUUAUCAGCAAAGUUCAUUGUUUUCUGCUUCCUGAUGAUUUAAUUACAUUCUUAGAGUAAAUAGUUUACUUGCUGCACAGUUAGUGUUAGAUGGAAACCAGUCUUUGUAGUCGAUUUGUUACUGUUUUUAUGUGUAAUUAAUUUUAUAAAUUAAACAUAGACACGUUUUUCCUCGAACAAAUCUUUAUUACACUUUUCUUUUAGUUUCACGAUCUGUGUUUUCGGAAGAAACAUGCAAGAUACAACACAGAAACACUGCAUCCAUAGACUGCAAAGUUCAAAGACGUACACAUAAAUUACAUAGUUAUUUGUAGCCAGUACUAAGUAGAGUUUUAACUCAGCUUCGAUAAUCAACUCUUUCUCCAGGCUUGUAUAUUUAAGAUUUUCUUUAAGAAUAACACUAAUAAUAGUAACUUUAAGGUGACCAGUGAUAUAAAGAGAUGUCUUUAUAUUUUUUUAAUUGAUGAAAUGUAUUUGUAGUACAUGUUGUCCGCGUUGUUAUUGCUUUGUUUUACUGGUAUAUGAACUAACACAUAUUAGUGCCGUGCCCUGGAUAAGACGGCUAUCAACAACACACAUGAACCAAUAUCACUUUCUCACCCAUAAAUGGCCAACCAGCACAUAUGUGUGAAGUUAACUGCUGCAGCCGCUGCUACGCCCUUGAGAUGACCGGGGUGGUGGCCCUCUACUACCUGCCGUGUCAUUGUCAGCCAGCUGCUACCCUCGCCACCACACUCAGGGUCAUUAACCAACAACUAUUUUCACCAGGUUUGGAACUGCCCUCAGGAAGAGCCGAAUCCGGGCUGUGAGCAC